GACAAGCCUUAAAACUUCCUUUUAGCCGGAUUCAGCUGAGUGAAACAAGUGUUGUAAAGGAAGUGAGCUUAAAAGGUUGAUAAAACAGGUCUGUCUUAGUUUUUAGUAGUUUUCACUGCGCACCGGGCAAUAAGCAAUGUUUUAGCAGCGGCCUUUUUAGCUGGUUUAAAAUUUUAUUAUUUGAAUUUGUGAGACCCACGUGCCUUGUCAAUUGCCUUGAAAAACUUGUCCUCUGGUCGAGAAAGAAAUAUUAGUUAUAAAAACAUAAACAGACAGUGUCUGUGUCGGGGAGGUAUAAUCAAAUAGUUUUGGUAAUUCCAUUAAUGAGAGCAACUUCCUAUGAAAAAAAAAAUACCGACUAAUAACGUCUCUUUAUUUGAAGCCACUUGCAAAUUACUUCUUUCACAACGCUUGCAAGGAAGGUGGAGGACGUCUACUGAUCUUUCACGCAGUCAGGCCCUGUCAAGCUACACUGAAGUAUCAAAAAAGGAGUAUUUAUAGCCGCGUUUGCCUUGGUAGGACGCCAUGAUUUCAGCCAUUGCGGAUACAUGUUCUGUUCGUUUGGACAAAACUAACAAAAAAGUGUACAGAUUCCGCGCUUUAGUAUUUCAUCAAGGUAAGCCGUUACUGUACACUUACAUCAGUCAAUGUAGCCUGUGUAGCAGGGGCUUGGAAGUAGUGGGUGCAAGAAAGAACUAGCGCGCGAGGGAGAGGGAGACACGUUCCAUAUUUCUUGGGCCUGCUACGCAUGUUACAGUCAAUGUCGUUUACGUUUUUCCGGUUGCUCAACUCGACUAAACGCUUUUCAGUCGCGUUGCGAAACCGGAUUCAGUAUGGAUUGAAAGCGAGAGCGUAGGGAGAGAACAGAGCGAAACAGAGAACGGACAUAGAAACCAGUAAGGUUUGAAAGGCACAAAUUUAGGAACAGGAGUGUUUUAGACUGGAGUGGGAUUCGUCAUCGUAAAAAACCUCAAGUUACCGGAUAACUCAAGACUGUACACGUAAAAGCCGUGAACAGCUUGACAGUUUUCAAGGAAUUUAGCAGCCAUUAACUAAAUUAGAACCUACGACAGUCAAGAACGCAUUUAAAUUAGCUCCCUGUUUUCGAGGUUCUACGAUGUUUUCACCGAUCUCAUAUUUUUUCUUUUUUAAGGCUAAACGAGCGCUCAACGCGUGCCACAGAGGUUACGGUUUUACACUUCCGCUUAGAGCAGCUUGUCGCAUUUUUAGUGAGAUACAAAAUCGUACUCUCUCGAUUUGUUCAGUUAUAACUUUACUAACCCCUUUUGGACAAGUUGUAAAAUUGUGCCAAAGUUUCAACAGUACAGUAUGAGUAAAAUGUUUAAAAAAUUCAAUAUCUACUAGUACAGAAACGUCAGCUUUUUCAAAAGAUGGUUGAUAUCGAGGACAAAAGCCUGAACGGAUUUACAGCUUAUGCUUGCUUUGUGAUAAGGGAUACAUCAGUUAAACUAAUCUGUCUAAAAACGUGAAAGAUGCCGGCCACCUAUGAAAAAUUUCAAAGAUAGCUGGUUUGGUUAAUGAAUUGUUUACGAUAUCAGAAAAUUGAUGAGAAAAAGAAAAAGAAAAAAAAGGCCCAAGGAUUUAAUAUAUUUUAAAAGAGGUGAGGCAAACACAGCUGACUCAAACUUAGAAAGGCGUAGGAUUGCGCAAUACAAAUUUAAGCUUACUGAUUAUUUGUGGAAGCCAGAACCACCCCCUAUGAUAUUGACUAUCAGCUGAGCUGGCCUAUUUCAAUGCAUUGUUUUCGUUUAUUAUUUUAUUCAUUAGAAAACAGAAGAUCUGAUACCAGGAUUCAAAAUAUAUAAUUCGUAAGGAUGCCCCUGGUUACAAAAAAUUGAAAACGUUCAGAGCUUUCGACGGAAAACAUUAGGGAGUUACGAAAAUUCGGUUUUUAUACUAAAUUUUUUGUUAUUUGCCUAUGGGGCUUAAACAAAACUCAAAGUGCUUUUUUAAAAUUUCAUCAACAGUUUUUUGUGAUGAUCACCUUUCGUUUGCAUAGCUAAAAUCUAUUUUUAAGGCGUUCUAAUUUCCCCGGGGGGGUAGGGGUGGGGUACUCCUUUACAUGGCCUAUAAGGGGAUGUGCCGCUGGACGUGGUAUGGUUUUUGUCCUCUCAGUCCUAGACAGGGUACAUUAUUUAAUUUCGCCCUAGUGUGUCUUAAAGCAGGGUGUAUUAUUUCGUGCGAGCUGUCCUAACUAUAAACAGGGUAUUAGCUGUAUGACUGACUUGACUUGCUUCAUGAAGUUUGUUUGUACACCUGUCCAAGUCACGGGGUCCAAGUAUACAAAAGCAACAACUAUAACGUGAAUUCGCUCUAUUUUAAUUGCAAAGACGGCGUGUAUUUUGUCCUUCGACUUAGACAGGGUAAUCAAGUUGAGGUUGUUUUUUCCUAAACAGUUUCAGAGUUUCGAAGCUUCAGCGGCUCACCUUUACCCAAAUACUGGUCGAGAACCCCCCCGGUCUAAUUUGCUGUUAUCGGUGAGCUCAAACACAACUUUUUAAAAGUUCUGCAUGCUGCGUUGGCCAUAAUCUAACGGACCAAAAGGCGGCGUUUUCCUUUUGAUUAGUGAUUCUAGAAGAUAAAUGAAGCAAUAAACAGCUGUCUUUAACAUCAGGAAAUUUAAUUGAUUUCAUCCCCAGCCAUUUAAACACACAAAUGAUAAGCGCACUUUAAUAUUGCAUUAUUUUGGCACCUAUUGCAUAACCUGACCAAUAAAGUUACCAACAUCUUCACUUCGUUCACUAUUAAAAGAGCGGAUGCAAUAUUUUCUUCGAACAAUAUUAGAGAGUUUUUAAAGCUUCACGUAUACCGCAAAGGGCAAACGUCAGAUUCAAGUUGAGAAUUUCUCAAAAUAGAAAAUAAGCAGAUAAAAAUAGCUCAGAAAAUUCUUAUGGGUAAAAAUUUGCGUGAAAACACUACUUUAUGUUUAGAAAUAAUGAACAGUAGGCGACAAGCAAAGGAAACCUUGGUCACGUGGUACAAAUUUUGACGUAAACGUGAGGAGAAUGCUGAAAAAAAUUACGGUGAAACCUCUAUUAAGUAGACUGCGAGCAGUCUGUUAUUUUUCUGACUUUUCUUUGCAAAGUUACUGCACGCGAAAUCUAAGUGUGCGAGCCGCGAGAAAUGACGUAAGCCCGAGAAGAAAAAAUAAGAGACUGCUGACUCUUUUGUCUACCAUUAAGCGGACACCCAAUUAAGCGGACACCCUCGAUAAUGGUUUAGAAGCAUCUUGAAUGUUCAUGAUUGAAUGUUCUUUGUUUUCACAUCACAAAGAUGGCGUAACCUGCGUUGCAGCCAGGCAAGGCAUCGGCUAAGCCAUUGGUAUAGUCCAUUAACUAGUGCUGGUUUGCACAUGACGUCACGGCGGCUAUGUUGGUGGUCAAAAGCAUUUCUCUCCUCUGGAAACUGAACUCUAUUUUUAUGUAAAUUCUUCGAGAAAAAAUUUAUAUUAUAUUGAUCUCCGACAUGGCCACCUCGUUACGUAGUUGCAAACCAAGAAUAGUCUAUACAGGGGGUUUAAAGUGUCUCCGAUGAAGGCUGCGGUGACGAAGGUCUCUUUCACCAGUUUAUAAGUAUAGAUCUUGAGUGGCUUUAGCGAGGAAAAAAAGGUCCAUUGAGUCUUUUUUCUCUCGUUGAAUCAAGGAAUAAAGAGUCAGGUUUUAUCUUUGCUAUAGCAAAACUUUAAGUCCUAAGCAAUAUUUCUGUUUUUCCACUAGAUGCUGAAGGAAAUAACAAGGAGGCAUAUCUGAAGCGGGAAAAUAGCAUCAAAGCUGAUGCUCCUCAGGCGCGUGUGAAAAGGUAAUUCGGUAGGCCAAAAUUAGAAGUAAAAAAAAAAAACAGAAAAGAGAACGAAGAAAAGAAAGAGAGGGGUGGGUGUUUCACAUGCCAGGGUAAUUUGUAUUGAGAUAUUUUCGGAUGAAGAAAUCCAAAAACGACUAGAAAGUGGCCAAUUUGUCUGCGAGCAUGCUCUCGAUUUGGGGAAUUCGCGAGAAGUCACGCGCAGUAAGCAGCACUAGAAAUAAACGGAGACGCGUUCUCUCGCUUCGCUACAUAGACGAAUGGAGGGCUUACUAGCAGGCAAGAAUUGUCGCAGGCUAAUGGUCAAUACAUAGCGAGAUUAGUUUCACGUGAUCCGCGUUCUUAAAUUUUUAAUUACCUAUUGGGUGAUUUUGAUAAUAAUCAUACCCCGCGGGUAACUGAGGAAACAAACUGAGGAAACCAAACUUGAGGCUGUAUAUUGUUGCUAUAAGUCAGGCGUUGAGUUGUUUCAAAAAACUUUAGUCCGACGACGAAUGAUUAAAUGUCCCAGCAGCCCUUGGCAGCCCCUGCUUUAGUGAGUCCACAAGAGGGACCUGGGCCCGUCCUUUAGGCCAAACUGAGGCUAUGUUUACCGGAUAGCACUUGCGCCCAGAAAUCAAAUUAAUUCCAGGUCACGCCCCCUUAUCUUAGGAUCUGGAUGAGUUGGCCCCCACUUACUUGGGAUCAUUAUACGUUCCUGGGAAACUGCCCACCGACCCCUCCCCUAAGCCAAUAUUUUGCCCUAAGUGAGAAGUGUUGAUGUUGGCUUAGGGGAGGGGUAGGUGAGCUGAAUCCCCCAGUAGUUUUACUAAGAUUUAACCCACCAAAAAAAGCCUCCGAAGAAACCUUAAAAUACCGAAAGGAAUAUAAGAACACCCCGAUAGACAAUCGAAUCAACGCGUUUAUAACUUAUGAUUUUUGAAUUUCAUGUUUCAGGGGAAUACUAUCCCGUCAACCAAAGACAGAAUGGAAAUGCGCAUACAAUGAACUACUAAAUGAAAGAAAGAAAGAAGAUAUUUUAGCCAGUCCCCUACGAAAACGAUCCAAAACAUCUAUGGAUGUUUCAAGUGACUGCGACACUUUGAAGAAAGAACGACAAAAAGUGCGGUUCAAAGAAUCAGAAACUUUGGAUCCGGAGGCGAAAACAUGUCCGACUUGUCUUCAAAUUAUCGCAAAAGACACGAAGGAUUACGACAGCCUCAUGGAUAAGUCUGUAAGUACUUUCCGUAUCGACGAUUCCUCUGGCCUGUGGCUGGUAUAGAGUUGUCCCAAGCCUCUGUUUUAAAGCAAGACCAACUGCGAAGCCAUUGAUAUAGAAAUGAUUUUUAUUCUUAAGCAAAAAAUAAACUCAUUUUCACAAGAAAGGUUCUGGAAUUAGUUACCCUCGUUUUGAAAGUGAGAAGUUUUGGAACUCGGAUAUGGCUCCGCGCCAGUUAUUAAGGACGUCAAAAACUCUUCACGUGCAUCGGACUGAUUGAUUCAUUUCUAUGCGCUCUAUGGCGUGACCAACAGGCGAAAUACCCUAAUGCUACAAUCUAUGGAAGAAUCUAUUACAAUCUAGUCUAAACUUGGGUGCGGUCUCCAGAAUUAGAUUGCAGGAAAAUUCACGUAAAUUUGACACAUUGAGCGAGUUGUAGCGAAGUUUUAUUAGUGAGGUUUUCGCCUUCGUCGCAGGCGUUCGUUGUUGCUGAAACACAAAAGCCCAUAAAAAACAGACGGCAGGCUCUGGGGAUGGAACUAAAGUCUGGACGCUUCCGGCAGAUAAACUCUACAGCCUUUAAUACUUCGGUACAAUUUAGUGCGUAAGUAAAUUCUAUUAUUCAUUCUAUCUCCUUUCUCAUCAGAAAGAAGAGCUAGUUACAAUGAUCGUAAACCUCAACAUCAGUCUGCAGAACCGAAAUAUAAGAAGGAGGAAAAAUGGAUACAGUCCGACAGACAACGAUAUCGCUCAAUUGUAA